UGAAGGUCAGUGGCUGAGCUCUGCUGGGGCCACACCGGUCUUGAAGCUCAACCCCCUGCAGCAGCUGUCAACAGGAAGUUCAGGGCUGUGGCGCAGCGACCCGGGACACCCAGGACACCCGGGACACCCAGGACACCCGGGACACCCAGGACACCCGGGACACCCGGACACCCUGGACACUCAGGGGCGCUGCGCUCUGGGGCUGCGCAGGGAGCUCCGCGGGUCCGGGCGCCGAGCUGGGCGCCCCGUGUGCGGGGGAGGCUGAGCCGAGUCAGCACAGCUUUCUGUUUCUGUUCGUCUCCAUCUUGGCUGGAGCCGCCCGGGGGCCGGAGGACAGAAAGAAAUGGAGAGAGGAAAGGAAGACAAGAGAGGGGGAGAGAAAGAUAGACACCUGCAGACCUGCUUCACUGCCUGUGAAGCGACUCCCCUGCAGGACUCCUCCACUGGGAAAAGUUCUCAGAAGAAAUGAAGAGAGCCAUCAGAAAUGAAGCCGGAAGCCUUCUGGCCUUGUGCUGACUGGACUCAGCCUUCCCUGCAGGGUGACACUGUGCAGGAUGUCUGCUGAGGUCAUCCAUCGCAUUGAAGAGGCCCUUGACGAAGAUGAGAAGGAGACUCUGCUCUUUUUGUGCCGGGAUGUCACUGCAGAUAUCUCCCCACCUAAUGUCCGGGAGCUUUUGGAUGUCUUAAGUGAGAGGAGGAUGCUGUCACCUGCAGUCCUGGCUGAGCUGCUCUACAGAGUCAGGCGCUUUGACUUGCUCAAGCGGAUCCUCAACAUGGACAGAAGGGCUGUGGAGGCCCACCUGCUGCGGCACCCGCCUCUGAUUUCAGACUAUAGGGUUCUAAUGAUGGAGAUUGGUGAGGGCUUGGAGAAAUCUGAUGUGUCAUCAUUAACUUUCCUCCUAAGGGAUUACACGGGCCGAAGCAAGAUGGUCAAGGAUAAGAGUUUCUUAGAUCUUGUGAUCGAAUUGGAGAAACUGAAUCUGAUUGCUCCUGAUCAAUUGGAUCUAUUAGAAAAAUGUCUAAAGAACAUCCACAGGAUAGAUUUGAAGACCAAGAUCCAGAAGUACAAGCAGUCUGCUCAAGAAACAAGUUAUGUCAACUCUGUCCUCCAAGUGUCUUUCCCAAACUUGAGUCUUAAGGAUCCUUCAUAUAAUUUAAUGCUUCAGAAUGGGAGAAGUAAAGAACAAAGACUCAUGGAACAACUUGCAAAGCAACGAGAACCUGUGAAGAUAUCCAUUCAAGAAUCAGGAGCAUUUUUGCCUCAGAACGUGCCAGAAGAAAGAUACAGGAUGCAGAGCCAGCCCCUCGGAAUCUGCCUGAUAAUCGACUGCAUCGGCAGUGACACAGAGGUUCUUCGAGACACCUUCAUUUCCUUGGGCUAUCAAGUCCAGUAUCGCUUAUAUCUGCAGACUGAAGACAUAUUCGCCACCCUGCAGGAAGUUGCCUGCAUGCCUGAACACAAGCACUACGACAGUUUUGUGUGUGUGCUGGUGAGCCGAGGGGACUCCCAGAGUGUGUCUGGUGUGGAUGAGACACAUCCUGGGUUUCCUCUGGAGCACAUCAGGAGGAUGUUCAGAGGAGAUGUGUGUCCUUUUCUCUUAGAGAAGCCCAAGCUCUUUUUCAUUCACAGCUAUGUUGUGUCAGAGGACCCGCAGGAGGACAAGGGUCUCCUGGAGGUGGAUGGGCCAGCCCUGAACAAUGUGCAAGCCAGGGUGAGGCAGCAUGGGCACAGCAUAGUUCACCGGGAAGCUGACUUUUUCUGGAGCUUGUGCAGAGCAGAUGUGUCCUUGCUUGAGCGGCCUUCCUCCUCACCAUCCCUGUACCUGCAGUUCCUCUCCCAGAAACUGGGCCAAGAAAGAAAACGCCCACUCCUGGAUCUCCACAUCGAACUCAAUGGCAGGAUAUAUGACUGGAACAGCAGGGUGUCGGCUAAGGAGAAGUACUAUGUCUUUCUGCAACACACUCUGAGAAAGAAGCUGGUCCUCUCUUGCAAAUGAAAGACCCAGAAGUCCGGCAUAGCCUCUCAGCCUUUGUCAGUAGAAUGGCUUUCCAGGUAGUGUGAGCAUGUGUAGCAUGGUUGGGGUCAGGUACUGGCCCGAGCUGAAAAGACUCCGUGAGAAGGCUUGACUGGAAGGGUUGUUUGAAAUGUGGUUUUUAAGAUGAAAAGUACUAGCCGUUAUGCUCAGACAGCUCGGUAGGUCCAUUGGACAGAUGUGCUGGGGAGGAAAAGACUUUGAAAACUGAAUCCUGACUGAAUUGUGUGUCAGAGUUCCAGCUCAAGUAAACCAGGGCCACAGAGAGAAGCAUUUGGAGUACUAGAGCCAGUUAGCCUGUCAGUGUCCACUCUAAAAAAAGUCACAGUCAAGAUAGAAAGCCAUGCAAGCAGAAUAUAACAAACACAUGUAAUCUCAGCUACUAGAGAACACCUUGUGAGCCAAGGCAUAGAUUUUUUUCCCUCACACUGUUGGCGGAGGCCACAGAGGAGAGGGCCCCCUUCCUGGCAGUGAGGCGCUGGGUUUCUUUAGCAGCUCCAGGCUGGGGCACUGAUGGUCUUGAGGGGUGGCUGGGCAUAUAUGUUGGCUAUGUUUCCCUUGCCUCAGGGUGACUCUGGGGAAGUUGUAGUGUGUGACCUUGUGGAACAGAUGGUGGACUUGGUGUAGGAGCUGAGAGAGGGUGGAAUUACAGGCGUUGAGCUCCUGAGUGGUGAAAGAGGGGACCAGCAUCAGCUCCUGGGCUCAGGCAUUCUUGAGGAAAGCUGUGAAUCUUGCACAUUUUUUUUUUUUUUCUGUACACAAGCUCUGGACGUAAGACAAGGUGACUGUCUUCAUCCACUUGGGUUUCUCAGAGUGCCACAGACUGAAUGACUAAAGCAAACCUUGAUUUCUCAUAGUGCUUGAAACUCAAUAGCCCAAAAUCAGGGUGCUGGUAGAUCUGGUGUCUGGUGAAGUCCCACUGCUGGGUUUACCAGAUGGUUAUCUUCUGGUUGCGUCCUCAGGAAAAGCAGAGGCGUUGGGGGGCGGGGGGGGAGGUUGAGGGCAGAGAGGAAACAAGUGCUCUUGCGUCUCUGUCUGUAAUUCUACUCAUGACGGCUCUACCCUGAUGACCUUCCAAAGGCCCCUCCUAAUACAACUUCAUUGGAGACUAGGAUCUUCACCUUUGAGUUCCGGGGGGACGCAGUAUUCAAUCCACAGCAGUGGCACAGCUCCUUUAUCAGAAUGGGCCUCCAGGCACUGAACUAAGGCUUCUGCUUAGACACAAAGGUUUUGGCUUUUAGUGUAAAAAAACACAUCACUUCACUGGGGUAAAUAAUUUUCAAACUACUGGGUAUACACCCCCCCUACACACAUACACACACACACAAACGCGAAUGUUAAUUAUCUUUGCCAGUAUGGUUACACUGGCAUCACUACCUCUUUUGUGAGUAAAUUACUGCAAAAUGCCACUCAGCUGAUAAAUGAGUCUUCUCUGACUCACAGAAUGACCACAUAAACUGAGAAUAUUAUUUAUAUUUAUACUAUAUUACUUUCUGUUUUAUGUGUAAUUAUGUAAUAAAGUUCAAAAUCUUAUUUUUUAUUUUAUUAGUGAUUUAAUAAUGAUUGAUCAAAAUCUUAAUUUUUUAUAGAGACAGAGGCAGUGAGAGAGAGAGAGACUGUGAAGGAGACCAUAUUUCCUUCAGGGCUGUGGGGCUGGGCUCAGACCCGGGCUGUGCACAUGGCAAAGCAGUCCACCACCAAGGGGGCUAUCUCUCUAGCACUGCACAGCUCUGGCUUUUGGUGAGACCUUUGGUGUCUCAGGUAUGAAAGUUUUUUGUGUAACCUUUACACUGUCUCCCCAGCCCCAAGAUAAUAAACUUAAGUAAACAUUCAUCUGAAGUCAUAAAUCUAAUAUGUUAGAUUUUCUUAAGUCUUUUAACACAGUGAAAAAAGGCAGAGUUUACACUGAUUACAAAACUGACCAGUACACUUGAUUACAAAAAUGUUUUGCAAAGUAUAUUUUGAUCUCUCCAACCAUCACCCUUACCCUCACCUUCUCUUUCCUCUUCUCCUUCUCUUCCUCCUCCUUCUUUUUAACCAAAUAAUUGUUUAACUCUGGCUAUAAGUGGUGCUGGGGACUAAACCUGGGACCCCUUGCAUGUAAGUUCUUUCUGCAGCUACUGCACCAUCUCCCCUGCCCUCCACUCCUUCCAUUCUUUCUCUCUAUCAUUGUCAUCAUCAUAGUCACAGGGUCUUUCAGAUAGAGAGAGACAAAGAGGCAGGGGGGGUAUCAUAGGACUGAAGCUUCUUCCAGUGCAUUGGGGGGGGGGUAAGGCUUGAAUGUGGGUAGCACAGAUGGCAGAGCAGUGCACUAUCCCAGCGAGCUAUUUUGCUGGCCCCUCUCACUGUUUUCUCUUAAUGUUUUAAUUAUCUUUAUUCAUUGACUAAAGAUAGCCAGAAAUAGAGAGAGUAGGGGAAGAUAGAGGAGAGAGACAUCUAUAGCACUGCUUCACCACUUGCAAAGCUUUCCCCCUGCAGGUGGGGACUGGGGGCUCAAACCCGGGUCCUUUCACAUUGUAACAUGUGCACUCAACCAGGUGUGCCACCAUCCAGCCCCUCUUUAUUUAUUUCUUAAUUGACUUAUUUUUUUUAAGUUUGUCGUUUGCACUGUUGUCUGUUUUUUCUGAAUUUCAAGGUGAUUAGCCAUCAUGGUGAUUGUAAUGAGAAGUCUAAGACACAGCUCAUGUUCUUUUUCUUUUUAAUUUUUUUUAUUAUCUUUAUUUAUUGGAUAGAGACAGCUGGAAAUUGAGUGGGAGGGGGUGAUAGAGAGACAGAGAGACAUCUGCAACACUGCUUCACCACUCAUGAAACUUUCCCUCUCAUGUAGGGACUGGGGAACUAUGAGUGGGAUCUUCCCACAUUCUUCCUUCUCUUUCUGGCUCAUCUCACGCAACAUGAUUAUUUUCAUGUUCCAUUCAAGAUUAGAUGAAGAAGGUGAAGUCACCAUUUUAAAUAACUGAGUAGUAUUCCAUUGUGUAUAUAGACCACAGCUUGCUCAGCCACUCAGCUGUUGUUGGACACCUGGGCUGCUUCCAAGUUUGGGCUGUUACAAAUUGUGCUGCUGUGAACAUAGGUGUAUGCAGAUCUCUAUUUUGUAACCUAGUUUAUCCUGUGGAUUCUUGUUACAGUAUAGUUUGUGCUUAAAAAUAAUAGCAACAAUAUAGUAUUAUGUCUUAUCCUGAAAAUUGAAUUUUGAAAAUCUUUCAUGGGAAUGUGUGUCUUCUUAUAUAACUGUUGCAUCAUUCAAAAAUUUGUAAAAAUUUAUUUAUUAAUCAGAGGGAGAGAAAAGGGAACAACUAUGGCACUUACAGUGGUAAGGAUUGAACUUGGAACCCCAUGCAUGAAAGUCCUGCACUCUGUCCACUCUGCCCAUUGCACAUAUCCCCCUGGUCAUUCAAAGAAACAUAUAAUGCAGUAUAGGAGAUGGAACUCAGGGUCGCAUGCAUUCUUUUUUUUUUUUUUUUUUUUUAGCAGAGCACUGAUCAGCUCUGGUUUAUGAUGGUGCAGGGGAUUGAACCUGGGACUUCAAAGCCUCAGGCAUGACAGUCUGUUUGCAUAACCAUUAUGCUAUCUACCCCUGCCCACAUUGUCUUUUUUAACUGCCAUCAUACUACUUAUUUUGGAAAGGCUGAACCCAGCCUUGCAAAUGAUGGAAGGAUUUUGCAGGUUGAGAUGGAGACAGAAGUGUAUUUCAAGAAAGGAAACAAGUGAAGCGAAGGAGCAAAUAGGGCAAGUGCAAGGUGUAUUCGAGGAAUGGUUUGUGUCCCUUUCAACAGGAGGGGAGAGGAGGUCCACAGUGCUGAGUGGUGAGGCAUGAUUGCUCUGCUCAGCAUGUGAAGACCUCCCUAAAGGCCCUAUAUUACCCUUUAGACAGUUCUCAUGUCAUAUUUUCUCUCUCUCUUUCUCUCUCUCUCUCUCUGUAUAAUGGUGGAGUUUCUUGUAGUAAGUCGACUCCUCCUCCUCUGGCCCUUAUCCACACACAUUUGAUUUAAAGAAAUGCUUUUUUUUAAAAAAAAAAAAGUUUAUUUAUUGAUGAGAAAGCUAGGAAGAGAGAGGAAGAACCAGACAUCACUCUGGUACAUGUGCUGCCAGGGAUUGAACUCGGGACCUCAUGCUUGAGAGUCCAGUGCUUUAUCCACUGUGUCACCUACAGGACCACAAGAAAUGCUUUUCUUAUUGUUCCCUGAGUACUUUAGAGAAAUGUUUUAGAUAUACCAGACAGACAUGUUUAGAUUAAAUAGUACUGUGAAUACUCAUGUUCCCAGACCCCACUUGAAUAAAAUAUAUAUGAGCACUAAAAAUAUAUGAGUACUCUUAAGGCAUUUUUAGUGCAGGUUCUAAAUAUUCUCAAAUAUAAAAGAGAUGGAUAUGUUGAGAUAUUAAAAACUUUAUGGUAACUCCAAAAGGAGAUUUGCCAAAUAUUUAGUAAGGGGUAUAUGGUUAGGAGAUGUCCUCUGAUUGGUAUCUGAUAUUAAAUUAAAUGUGCAGGCACAGAACUUUGAUGGUGGAUGUAGUGUGGAUACCCUCUGUAAUUUUUUUUCUAGAUAAAGACAGAGAAGGAGAGGGAUAGAGAGAAAGAGGGGGGUGGAGAAAGGGGCUAUGACACUGAAGCUUGAUUCAAUGCAAUGGGGAUGGGCUUAAACCUAGGUUGUGCGUGUGGCAAAGCAGAACACCACCCAACGGAGCUAUUUCACCCCAGCUCCACCCUGUGAUUUUUUUGAUCUUGUAAACCACUAUUGAGUGUGUAGGAAAAAAAAAUUUUUUUUUUUAGUGCAUUGAAUUCUCAAAAUAUCUCUUUGAGAUAGGAGGUAAUUCAUUCUCUCUCUCUUUCUUUUCAUUUUAUGGUAGAAGCAAAUGAGCCUGUAAUGAUAGAUGGCUUACUCAGGGUCACCCCACGUUAGGAUAUAAACUCAUUAAGAGUCACUUCAGGAUGCAAACUGGAGGCCCUGUCUUAUUUGCAGCUGUCUCAGAAUGUCAAUGUAGAACUCAGUCAAGGCUUUUAAAUUCAGUGAAUGACCUUUCAAGAACCUCCCCUUGGGCAUCAGGAAGGAAACUCAAUGCUGGAGUGCAAGAGUUCCAUGCAUCAAGUCCCACGUUUGAUUUCUAGCACUGCAUAUGCAAGGGCCGUGAUUGGGCAGGGAUCUCUUAUCUUACCACUCAGUAAUAGAGAAACAGAUCCUUUGCGAUGUGGGAAAGGAUAAAAUGUUGGACUGUCAAACAUGAAGUUCUGAGUUCAAGCCUUGGUAUCAUAUAUGCCAGAAUGAUGCUCUGCUUGUCUCUCUCUCAUCAAAAAAAUCUUAAAAAAAACACAAACUCAGCUGCAGCCUGGGAAUUGGCACAGGGGGCAGAGUACUGGGCUUGUGAAGUUCUAAGUUUGUCUCCAGAAUUGCAUGUGUGAGAAUGAGGCUUUCUUUCCCUCUCUCUCUUUCAUAAAUAAAAAAACCUUUUUAAAAAGUCCUCUGUUAUAUCACCUAGUGUGUAUACUAAAUGUCACAGAUAACCCAGCUCCCCAUGAAUACAUGUAGUGUCACCUAAACAGUAGAUUGGAACCAAACAAGUCCUUGUUAUUUUUUAUUUUUUGCUAUUAUGGUUAUCCAUGGGGCUUGGUUCUACUCCACCAUUUCUGAUGGCUUUUUUUUUUUUUUGUUUGUUUGUUUCCUUUUUUAUUCUUUUCUGAUAGAGACAGAGUGUAGCUCUGACAGUCAUUACUUUUUCUUUCUUAUUUAUUUAUGAUUGUUUUUUCACCAGAGCACUGUUCAGCUCUGGCUUAUAGAAGUACUAGGGAUUGAACUUGGGACCUCUGAGACUCAGACAUUACAGCUUGUAGGACAAACUGCUGUCCUGUCUCUUUCCUUUUACUUUCUCUUUAGUUUUUCCUUUUCCAGAAUGUCAGGUAGUUAGAAUCAUAGAGUAAUGAAACUUUUCAGACUGAUUUUUUUAAAAAAAAUUAUUAUGUUUAUUUAUUGGAGAGACAGACAGAAAUGGAGAGAAAGUAGGAAAUAGGUACAGAUAGAGACACCUGCAACACUGCUUCACCACUGGUGAAGCUUUCCCCUACAUGUGGGGACCAUGGGCUUGAACCCUGGCCCAUGAACAUUGUAACAUGUGCACUCAACCAGGUACACCACCACCCGGCUUCCAGAAUGAUUUCUUUCACUUAGUGAUUUGUAUUGAGAGUUCUAGCAUGUUUUCUUAGCUUGAUAACUCAUUUAUUUUUAUUGCAGAACAGAAUUCCAUUGUGUAAAUAUAGCAAGAUUUUCUAUUCACUCACUUGAAGGGCACUACUCUUGAUUCCAAGGUUAGCAUUAUAAAUUUAGCUGCUACAAAUACAUUUGUUUUAUUUUUGUAUGGACACAUGCUAACUCAAUUGGAGGACAUACCUAGGCGAGCCAUUGCUGGAUUACCUGUAUGAAACUAUGUUAAUGUGUGAGUUUAACCUGUAUGUAAUUAUGGAAGAAACUGCUUAAGGGGCUGUUCCAUUUUGCAGAGUUUCUGUCACUUUGUUUCCAUUUUGGUGCUGUUGGUGUUUGGGCUUUUAUAUUAUGGUUGUGUAUGAGUAAAAUCUUUUCCCAUCCUUAUUUGUCAUUCAUUUAUUUUCUUUGUUGAAACAUAUGUUCAUGUCUUUUGCCCAUUUAUAGUUAAGCUGUUGUUGUCAUAUAGCAAAAUUUUAAUUGUUCAUUUUGUAUUCUGAGUUCAUUAUCAGAUAUAUGUUUGUACAAGUAUUUUCUCCCAGUUCGUGGUUUAUCUUUUAAUUCUCUUAGUAGUGCCUCUGAGAGAGUAGAAACUUGAUGAUAAUGAAGUCAAACCUAGCUUAUCUUUCUCAUAACUUAUACUUUUGGUGUUGUAUCUAGGGAAUCAUCUCCAGACACAAGGGCACCCCCCUUUUUUUCAUAGAAAUUCUGUCUUGGGCUGGGGAGAGAGCAUAAUGGUUCUGCAAAAGGUUCUCAUACCUAAGGCUCUGAGGCUCCAGGUUCAAUUUCCAGCACCACCAUAAGCCAGAGCUGAGCAGUACUCUGGUCUCUCUUUCAUUAACAAUAAAUGCUUAAAAAGUGUUUUAAAAAGAAAUGUCAUCUUCUAAUAGUUGUAGGUUUUCCCCUUUUACAUUUAAAUCUGUGUUCUAUUUUCAGUUAUUUUUUGUGAAAGUGGAAGGAAGUUUGUCUCUGUUUUUUCACGAGUUUAAUUAUUGCACUUAUGUAAAGACUGUCUGUUCACUAUUAGAAUAAAUGCAACUGUACUGUAUCCCAUGAGGUGGCACAAUGGAUAGAGUUGGACUCACAGCAUUAUUGUAAUAAGAAACAAAAACUUCCACAGGCUAUGGCUGGUGUUUAACAAAUGAAAAGUUUAUUGCAUCUCGGGAUAUUUAAGUACAUAAAAACCGUGGCAGCAAAAUAGGCAAAGGAGUUUGGAUCAGCUAGUCUUGAUGGCGAGGAGACAUGAAUCUUUAAGCUAGUUACCAAUUGGACUUCGUGUGUUCAAGUCCCCGGGGAAGCGGCUUGGCGGGUCCAGCAAGAAGGCGAACAGGCGAAGAGCCGUAGAAACUGAGAGGUUGCUGGCAGACACUUGCUUAAAUAACUUUCUAUGGGGUUGUAUUGUUAUAUGGACAACUGAGAAAUGUUAUGCAUGUACAAACUAUUGUAUUUACUGUCGAAUGUUUUUUAAAACAUUAAUUCCCCAAUAAAGAAAUAAUAAAAAAAGAACAUUCUUUGUACCCAAAUUCCCUUGCAUAUUCUGUAAGCUCGUCAGGCUGACGUCAGCCGUAUGCUAAUUGUGUUCAUGUACCAAGAAAUCAUGAGAUCCAGAGUCUGAUUCCUGUUAUCCCAAGUGCCAAGGUGAUGCUCUGGUCUUCUCCGCAACUCUUUUAGAUAUAAAUAAAAAAAUCUUUUAAAA